GACAGGGAAAAUCAUUGGGAUGAUGUGUCCCGUCAUGCAGCGCGGCCGGGUUCUCCCCCGCGUUCGUCGGAUCCAUAGUUGGGAGUAAUGGCGGCGGGUUAGACCCACACACACACACCGACACCGCGUCCGCAGCCAGCCGCUCUCACCGCAGCCCUCCCGGGGCAGCCAGCCUCACACACCGCGGAGGAGCCUGCGCGCCUCACACACGGAGCGGAGACACGGACCAAGGAGACAAGACAGUGGACCGCGGCUGCCCGGGACUUACCUUCCACUUUUUUAUCUAAAAAAAAAAAAAAAAGGUAGACGAGGGGGGAGAGACAGAAAAAAACAUGGAUGAGCAGCUCGGCGGAGGAGCAGGAGGAGCGGGGGCUCCGCGACAGCCUCCACCGCUGCAGCAGCAGCUACAGCCGGGACACAACAACAGCAGCAGCAGCAGCAGCAGCGCGAACCUGCCGCUCGGCGGUGGUGGAGGAGUCAUGGUGCCGCAGCAGCCGGAUGAGCUGCCCCGGCCGCAGCAGCAAUACACCAUCCCCGGCAUCCUGCACUACAUCCAGCACGAGUGGGCCCGCUUUGAGAUGGAGAGAGCGCACUGGGAGGUGGAGAGGGCCGAGCUCCAGGCCAGGAUAGCGUUCCUGCAGGGAGAGAGGAAAGGUCAGGAGAACCUGAAGAACGACCUGGUCAGAAGAAUAAAGAUGUUAGAAUAUGCUCUGAAGCAGGAAAGAGCCAAAUAUCACAAGUUAAAGUACGGCACUGAGUUAAACCAAGGAGACGUGAAGAUGCCCAGCUUUGACUCAGACACCAAAGACUCUGAAGUCUCUGCUGUUCCUGCCAACAGUCAACUCACCUGGAAACAGGGACGACAGCUACUCAGACAGUAUUUACAGGAAGUGGGCUACACGGACACUAUUCUGGAUGUGCGUACACAGAGGGUUCGUUCUCUUCUGGGUCUGUCGGCGUCAGAACAGAACGGGUCAGUGGAGAACAAGAACCUUCAACACCUGAUCAACGGGACAGAGCGCCGGCGAGACAGCAAGAGGAGUUCAGGUGAUGUUUUGGAGACAUUUAACUUCCUGGAGAAUGCUGAGGACAGCGAUGAAGACGAGGAUGAGGAGGGAGACCUGAUGGACGACAUCAGCACAGGAAAACACCAACGAGCCAAAAAACACAAGAGCAAGGUGGGGAACGAGGGCCUGGCAUCAGAGGACGACGCUGACACAGAGGAAGCUCUGAAGGAGUUUGACUUCCUGGUGACGGCGGAGGACGGAGAGGGAGCGGGAGAAGCUCGCAGCUCUGGAGACGGGACGGAGUGGGCGGAGCCUCUACCGUUUCCUGCGGGCAGUGGGAAGUCCUUCCUGUUGGGCGGGUCAGAUGACGUGUUAGAGAGCGUCCUUGGUCUGGGUGACCUCGCUGACCUCACAGUGACUAACGAUGAAACAGACUACAGCUAUGACCUGCCGUCCAAUCAGGAGUCUUCGUUCAGAAAGACGUGGAACCCCAAGUACACGCUGCGCAGCCACUUUGACGGCGUGCGAGCGCUGGCCUUUCACCCGGUGGAGCCGUGUCUGGUCACCGUGUCUGAAGACCACACUCUGAAGCUGUGGAACCUCACCAAGACUGUCCCUGCCAAGAAAAGUGCCUCCUUUGAUGUGGAACCCAUCUACACUUUCAGAGCUCAUGUUGGUCCAGUGUUGUCGUUGGCGAUGACGUCCAGUGGUGAGCAGUGCUUCAGUGGAGGCAUCGACUCCACCAUCCAGUGGUGGAACAUCCCGAGCUCUAACGUCGACCCCUACGACACCUACGAUCCCAGUGUUCUUGCUGGCUCGUGGGCGGGGCAUGCGGAUGCUGUGUGGGGAUUGGCCUACAGUGGCAUCAAGAACCUCCUCCUGUCCUGCUCUGCAGACGGAACCGUCAAACUGUGGAACCCGACAGAGAAGAACCCCUGCAUCAGCACUCUGAACUCUAACAUGGAACACGGGAUCCCCACAUCAGUGGACUUUAACGGUUGUGACCCCGCCCACAUGGUGGCGUCCUUUAACAGUGGAGACGUGGUGGUGUACGACCUGGAGACUUCCCAGAAUGCACUGGUGCUGAAGGGGCAGGGAGACGGCACUCUCCCAGGAUCAAACCACAUAAACAAAGUGGUCAGUCAUCCCACUCUGCCGCUCACUAUCAGCGCUCAUGAAGACCGACACAUCAAGUUCUACGACAACAAGUCAGGUAAAGUCAUUCAUGCGAUGGUCGCUCACCUCGACGCAGUCACCAGUUUGGCGGUUGAUCCUAACGGGAUUUACUUGAUGUCCGGGAGUCACGACUGCUCGCUGCGCCUGUGGAACCUGGACAGUAAAACGUGCGUGCAGGAGAUCACGGCUCACCGUAAGAAGAGCGAGGAGGCCAUUUACGACGUGGCGUUCCACCCGUCCAAGGCCUUCAUCGCCUCGGCCGGAGCCGACGCCCUCGCCAGGGUCUCACGUAGACGAGGAGGUCGGCGCACCACCGGGAGGUGGGGGGCACAAGGAAGUGAAGGGGUGUCUCCCUGUUCUGUGACAUCACGCCCCACUCUCUGCCCCGCCCCCCGUCUACACUUCUGUGACACUACACAAACUCCUCCCCCUCUUGUGUCAGCGCUGGACUUGAAGGGAAAAUCCUCGUCCGACGGCCCGUGGACACGCCCACCGCGGCGUCCGGGCGGUUUCCAUAGCAACAGCAGCUGCUGAAAAACAGUGUCGUCUCUGAAAGACGGACGCUAACGCUGAGGAAGACGACACAGGAAGUGAUCACGUGACUUUCAGAUUUUACCACAGCAAAACUUUUUACAGCGUUUUUAAAGAAUUUAGAAGUCACAUGGUCCAUCUCUGAUGAGCUGUCCCCACCUCAGCCCCUGGAGGGCCAAUCAGAGCCCUGUGUUUAAGCCCCGCCUACACGAGGAGUGAAGGUAACUCAGCAUGACUGACUUUUGUUUAUAUAAAUAAAUAAAAAAUUUAUUUUUAAAAAAUCAGCGUCUCGUUAACGGCAGCGAGGAUUCAGGCUCCUCCCCGUCCAGUCCUGCCCUCAGAACCCGCCCACCUAUGCCCCGCCCCCUGUCCUUUCAAACAGUGAGAGCGGAGGAGGAAGAGGAGAAUCAUCUUCAGUCUGUCACCAUGACGACGACGACAAAACAUACAAAUAACAAAAACAAUGACAACUUUGUUUUCGAUAAGAAAAGAAAAAUAGAUUUUUGAAGAGUUUGUAUUUAAAGGGACAGUUCAGGGUUUUUGUGACACAAGGAAAAAUAAAACGUCACAUGAUCACUCUCCCACACCAAAGUCCAGAGAGAGAAUCAGUGAUUUAAGCUGCGGGGACACAGGAGCUGCUGCUCCUCUGCUGCCUCGUGUGGUCACUUUGUGUCACUGACAUAAAUCUGAAUGAAGAAUUUCAAACAGUCAAGUGACAAAAUCAGACAUUAGAACUUUGUGAUGUGGGAGAGUGAGCUUCCUGUCAUCAAACACUGAUCUCAGUUCCUCUAAAAGCCUGAACUGUUCCUUUCACAUGUCAGAGGAUUUGUGUGUUCACUCACUCGAUCACAGACAAACAACAAACGUGUUUUUGUGCCACUUUUGGACUUUUUGUCGUUUUCUAGUUCCAUGUUUGUGGACUUUUGAUCAAAGACGUUUACAGAGCACCUGAACGCACCACCGUGUCCUGGUUUAAGCUCCUCCUCCUCGUCUUCAUAUCACUGAGUGAUUUCUUUUCUUGUUUUUUAAUUUAUAUCACAGGAGCGUUUUAUCGUGUUGAGGGAAGAAAAGAAGCUCCAUCCUGUUUUAGUUUUGUCGCUGUUUUUCUUUUUUUUGUGAUCGACUUUAGUUUGAGUUAAUUUAAGGUUGUUUGUUUUUUUACGGUGACCCGAUCAAUCACAUUGUUCUGUGGAACUAAAACACUUCUGUUUGUGUAAAUGCAUGAUUAAUACAAUAAAAGUAUUUUUUCUAGUCUUCCAAAAAAGGGUUAAAAAACAAAGUUCUGAUCAGUUUGCGAGUUUUGAUGAGUUUUGUAAGUAUUUUCUUUUGUUUGAUUUACAAACUAUGAAACAGAUUUUAAAGAUUGUACCACAUAGAAAAAAAAACAGUUGAAAUGUAUAUAAAAUGUCUAUAAUAACUAUUAAAUGGUGUAACUGUU